CCGGAUAACCAGGGACUCUCGGUUCUUCAUCAUGCCAUUCGCGCCGCCGACCGUGAGGCCAUCUUCUUUAUGAUUCAGAUAGGCGUUGACAUGAAUACUCGCAUUCAGGACUCAGAACAGUUGACGCCAUUACAUCUGGCUGUAUUGACCGGCGUCCCAGAGGAUAUCAUGCGUAGCCUGGUAAGAAUUUAUUCAUUGGAUUAA